AUGUCAAAAAUCAGCAAAAUCUGGUGUGUGCGUGCAUCGGGUCAAGAGAACGAUAGGACACUUUCACUUCUCCUCAUCUAUAUAGUACGGGCUGGGAUAAACUUGCCGCCAUCUCGGCACAUUCGCGUGAAGGAUACCAGUAAAGAAUUUUCUCGAGACAAAUCUGAAUCCCUCAAUAACCUAAAGAACGAUAGAACUCUUCGGAUUGUUGAAUCCUUUCAAUGCAUUCAACGGCGCCAAGAAGUAAUUCUCCAGGAAGCCCCAUGCGGUAUCCAAUCACCUUUGCAUCCGCAAUGGCACAUCAAUGCUCCGGUCUCGUCAUCCUCUAUGGGUUCUGAUGUCGCUCUGGAUGGCCGCAUCUUUAUAUUACGGAUAAUUUUCCCUUGCUCAAAGCUACAAAAUGGGGCCGAGAGCGUCCUCUUAGGCCUCCUGGUUGGUGACCUCGGGUCUUCCUUCCUGGCUUGGAGCCUCUAUUCCCCUGCUAGGCUCUCUUCCACCUCUGCCGAUUCCACUAGUAAACCCACCUCCUCUAGAGCUACUUGCUAUUCCACCUCUUUUUUCGCUGCUAAAACUGCCCCUUUAGAGCCACCUCCCAUACCUCCACUUCUACGACCACCUUUCAUUCCUCAGCUCAAGCUACCUCUUCUAAUGCUGAACAUAUUUGGGGUUCGUGGGAUUCUUUGGGGGAUUCUCCCUGUAUUGCUUCUCCUCCCCAUAGUUCCUCGACCACCGGACGAACUGGCCGCUAUGCCACUAACCCUGCCACCUACUGGUCAUACCAAUCUUCUAGAGUCUGAUGGGCUAGUGAUUUGCCAUCGACCUGACCUCCAUCCCUGCCACUUGCCAGUGCCCUCCUUUCUGGUAUCUUCCCGAGAAAUUGGAUACCCCUUGCCACUUAGAUACAUGUUGAGACUUCGUAAGCUUAUUUAUGCGAGACUUGCUCUGCGUUUAAGAUUUUGCGGAGUCAAUGUGUAUAUUUGGCAGGCAGACGAGUCCGAGGAAGGAUUAUAUUUGAGGUCCGAGGACUUGAGGGGCGAUGGUUUGCAUAUCUGGCAAUGGCCAGGCGCCUGGUCAACGGUCCUUAAUUUUCGUUACCAUCGCGUUUUUCGUCUUUCCUUCUUCCUAUUUUCCACUCCAUAUUUGCUUCCCUCAUUUCCAAAGCAUGGUUUCUACUGGGUCUGUACGAAAUAUUCUAACAAGCCAAGGAGUGCUCUGCAUUCUUGCCAUCUAGCAACUAACCCCAAACUCACCAGAGCACUAAUGAUUUUGCAUAUUGAGGUCAACCCACUUCAGGACUUUUGA